UCUGGCCCAGCACUGGCAACGGGGCGAAUACACGCGGUUUCAACGUGUCAAAGAUCGUCCUGCUGGCCUGGUGACGCAAUGUAUACAGCAUCCCCAUACACUGGACAGGUGUCGAGCCUGCCCAAUGUGGCACUGGGUGGGGAGGCUAGCUCAUUCUACACCGGCCCUAGUGUGCAGACCUAUGCCAGCCCGGCAGGCGUCUAUGGCGGUGCCCCCAUAGCCGGUGGUGCAUAUUCUGGCGGCACUUUGACCGCAGGUGCCUACACCGGUGGUACCCUAGCAGCUGGCUCCUACACAGGUGGCACCAGCGCUUUGUCUGGUGCCUACACGGGUGGCACAAGUGCCUUAGCUGGUGCCUACACCCCUGGCACCCUUGCGGGAGGUACCUACAGCCCCAGCAGCGGUGCAUACACCGGUGCAGUUGUUGGUGGAACAAGUUACACCGGUGGUACUGUAGCUGGUGCUGCCUAUACCCCUGGCACCAUUUCCAGUGGUCUUGCAUAUACCCCGGGAUCCAUCUCGGGCGGCGUGACCACAGUGUCCGGUGGCAACUACAGCAGUGCACCCGCUUAUGGUACUGGCACUGGUAGCUUUAGCAUUGCACCAGCCAACACUUAUGGUGGCUACUACGGUGCUGGUACCUACAGCAGCCCCCCUGCAGAGGCGCAAGGCGCAAGCAGUGCCUCUUUCACUGUUCCACCCAUGGGCCAGGACCCAUACAGUGGCACGGCGGCACUCCCGACGACGAAUUCCAUGCUGCUGAAUCCCUUAAAUCCUUUGCAGUCGGCCCCUUCGAUGAUCGCCUACAACUCAGGGCUUUCUGGUGGCUUCGGCACCGGCCUCGGGUACUCCUCUGCAAUGGACGGCCCCUUCAAGUUCUACGCCACUCCACCUGGAAAGCUUCCAGAAGAGCCACGUCCCAGCAAAACGGACGAUGCCGCGCAAACUGGUUUCUCCCUACGUGCAGGCGUCUCAAGUGAGCCAAGAGAAGACGCGGAAAGCAGCAGUAAGAAGUCGGGGAAAAAGCACGCAUCGAAAAAGAAGAAAAGCAGCGGUUGUUGCUGAAUUGCUGGGACCGUUGCAUUCUACUUGUGGCGCUGGUGCCAUGAAGCCCAUAUUCCAGGAAUGGAUUUGAUUUGGAUUUUUGUGCAGCUUGG